CGGGCGGGCCCGGGACCCCAGCCCCCCAAACUUUGGCAAGUUGCGGGCGCCGAGCGCACCCGGAGGCGCGGGGCGCGGCCGCGGGCGGAGCCGCCCCCUGACGCCGGGCCGCCCCUCCCGGUCCGGGCCGCCCCGCCGGCUCGGCUCAAAGUUUGCGGCCGCCCCUGCGCCGCCCGCCCGAUGUAUGGGUGAUAUACUGCGGCGGUGUCAGGGUGAGGGACGGCCAUAUUUGCCGGUGCGGCCCGAGCCGUCAACAACAAAAAGUGCGCGGGCGCUCGGUGGGCGCUCGGACGGGCGCGGGGACGCCGGGGCCGCCGCGCCGCCGCCUGGCCUCGCCGCCGCCGCCGCCCUCGCGGCCUGGCUCGGCUGCGCCUGGCGCACCCGCCGCCCGGGGGGAUGUCUUACAAACCGAACUUGACCGCGCACAUGCCCGCCGCCGCCCUCAACGCCGCUGGGAGCGUCCACUCACCUUCUACCAGUAUGGCAACAUCCUCACAGUAUCGACAGCUGCUGAGUGACUACGGGCCACCAUCCCUAGGCUACACCCAGGGAACUGGGAAUAGCCAGGUGCCUCAAAGCAAGUACGCAGAGCUGCUGGCCAUCAUUGAAGAGCUGGGGAAAGAGAUCAGACCCACCUAUGCAGGGAGCAAGAGUGCAAUGGAACGGCUGAAGCGUGGAAUCAUUCAUGCUAGAGGAUUGGUUCGAGAGUGCUUGGCUGAAACGGAACGGAAUGCCAGAUCCUAGCCGCUUUUUUGGUUUUGACGGUUUUCCAUCUUUUUACAAGACGAGAAGUUGCAGUUCAUCUCUCCUGUUCAAAUGAAACUUUUGUUUUCAAAAUGGUCAUUUGUUUUUUUCUUCCAUGGUUCACGUAACUCGGAACCUACAGUCUCAAAGAUUGGGAAAAUAUUUUGCAAUUAAUUAGGAUUUACAUUUUAAGUAGUUAGGAACCACUUUGGAUUUUUUUUUUUUUUUAAGCAUUGAUUUAAAAGAUGCACGUGACGUUAUCUUACAGCGAACUAGUUUGCCUCCAAGACACCCUGGUCUCCUUUUACUCUUUUGAAUAUAUUUCUGUUUACCCACGUUGUUCUUUGUUCCUUUUCAUAAACUGAUGCAGCUCUAGGGAUUGUUUUAAUGCACACUGACAGCACGCUCUCCUUAGUAGCUGGUCCCUGUUUGCCAUACAGUGUAGAUUCUGCUUAAUGUAACUUCCUUUUUGCUUAAGCAUUUGCAUGACUAUUAGUGCUUUGAAGUCAGUUUUAAAAAUGCACAAGUUAUAAAUACAGAAGAAAGAGCAACCCUACCAAACCUAACAAGGACCCCCGAAAAUUUUCAUACUAAGACUGUAAGUAGAUUUCAGUUCUGCAUUUACUGUAAGUUGAUAAAAAACAUCUGGAAGAAAAUGACUAAAACUGUUUGCAUCUUUGUAUGUAUUUAUUACUUGAUGUAAUAAAGCUUAUUUUCAUUAACAAUUUG